AUGCGUAUUUUGUGGGGUCUCGAUUUGUUGAUAGAAAAACAGGUGUUCCACCCUAGGGAAGUCGCUCACUCCCUGGUUUGUUCAGAUCAGCUGCGCGUAGAAUCCGCAGCGUUUUUUCGAUGUGCUUUCAAACUUUUAUUGAAACUCAUCUUCUUUCUAGACUAUAAGGUUGGUUAUCGGAGAUUUCCUACCACUCAGUUCUUUCAGAGCAAUCGCGAAGUGUUUAAUAAAAGCAUUGAGAAGUCGUCACAGUUUAUUGAUUCGCCUGUGGACGACCGAUUCAAUCUUCGGUUCAUUGAUCCGGCGGUUGAACUCAUACAACUUUUGCUUUCUCGGGAAAUGUGCCUCAUGCCUGCUUAUUUUGCUAUGCACGAAUUGAUCCGAAGCUUUCCUGUCGAACUGAGUGGUUCACCCCAUAAAGCUAUUCAAGACAGCGUUACUUCUUUUAUGGACAGUUUCGCACGACCUGCCCGUCUGCUAUAUUCACAAAUUCAUCAGUCUAUCAAGCCUAUUUGCGGCAUCACACCACCGACCACUCCUGGUUUCCGCCUGGACUCAACCAACUUGCUUCUCACUGUGGUCAAAGGAGCCAUGCGGUAUCCAGACUUCUUAACAAGUUCGCAAACUCAACUCUUAUGCUUCGUUUUGGGUCAGUUGCGCUGCACGGAACUGGUGGCCGGAAUGCUGGACCCAUCCACAGGGAAAUCGAAGACACGUUCCAUCGGUCUUGAGAAAGCGAUAGUCGAUUGGAUUAUUGAGCUGAUGGAGAUCACUGAGUCCACGGACGAUCGGACUUGGGUGCGCACAACUUUUGAGCACCUAAUAAGCGUGGUUAUUACCUUCAUGUUGAGCAGCACCAUUCGGUUCAGUGAAAUUGUUGUCAAGUUGAACACCAAAUUGGAGGGCCGAAAAUGGACUAAAUCAAGCCAUUAUGUGAUGUGGUUUGUCUUGAACGUCACCUCGGGGUUUAUCGGAAAGAAUAUGCUGGCUCUUUUCUCUUCUGACACCGUAGUCCUGCAAACAAUAUUAAAUAAUCUAAAUAAUUCUGCCUUACGAUUUGACCUAUGCUUCACACCUGCAAAGUGUAAAGCUCUACUGCUAGACUGGGUGGGCUCAAACCUUAACAUUAUGCUUGCGGAUGAGGUAUUGGAGGGCCGAAAAUGGACUAAAUCAAGCCAUUAUGUGAUGUGGUUUGUCUUGAACGUCACCUCGGGGUUUAUCGGAAAGAAUAUGCUGGCUCUUUUCUCUUCUGACACCGUAGUCCUGCAAACAAUAUUAAAUAAUCUAAAUAAUUCUGCCUUACGAUUUGACCUAUGCUUCACACCUGCAAAGUGUAAAGCUCUACUGCUAGACUGGGUGGGCUCAAACCUUAACAUUAUGCUUGCGGAUGAGGUAGUAAACAAUCUCGCGAAAGAUGGUAUUUUCAUCUGGAUUUGGAAGGCCACACCAGCUUUUGUGAUUCUGCAUUGUGGGUGGCGUAGGUGUGACACUAGAUUAUCCGUCAAUGGUCCAGUUUACAAUACCACAGUGUGCUCCACACUUAUACGAAUAACGUGGCCGCUCUCGCGAAAGAUGGUAUUUUCAUCUGGAUUUGGAAGGCCACACCAGCUUUUUUUACAAUACCACAGUGUGCUCCACACUUAUACGAAUAAGAAACGUGGCCGCUGCGGGCCGAGGAUAUCAAAAGACUUUCGAUGUUUGACCAUCGAUGUCAUUGCCCGAGUCUGGUGGGAACACCGGAUCAGUAAUGCUGAAGUACGUCGAAUGGCUUUUGGAAGAAACAACUCAUCUACGAUAUAUGAACUGAUCACACCGCUGGCAUGGCUACGUGCUGCGUACGCCAGUCGACCGACUUCCUCGAAGGGUUCUUUCUACGCAAUCACGUGA